UUGACCCGACCAUGGACCAUGCACCUAACUGAUUCUCGUUAGGGGAUAUCAUUGGAAUAUGACCGUUUGAACUUGGGGGAAAUUAGUUACCAUACAGCUCAGCAAACUUCCAUAGAGUGACUUGGAAUAUUUGAAUCGCGCAAAGAGUCAAAGACCAUCGGAACCGAAACUUGAACUCAAGGAUACUUUGCGGUAUCGUAGGCCUAUGUUUCUUCUCUGAACUUUGAGCAGGCCGCCAUUUUGAAAGCCGCGUUGCAUCAUGGGAUCGAGUGAAAGGGCGCCCAUCGAGAGAGAGAUCUCGGGCUCUUCAUACAAGAUUCUCCUCAUCGGCGGAAGUGGGGUGGGCAAGACGUGUCUGCUGAGGAGAUACGUGGAGGGGGAGUUCCCCCUGAACAGCAAAGCUACCCUAGGCCUCGAUUUCAAGAUCCGGACCCUGAUCGUGGAUACAGACGAGAUUCGGCUCCAACUCUGGGACACAUCGGGCCAGGAAAGGUUUCGCUCCAUGACGCAAGCCUACUACCGCGGUGCAGCGGGCAUCGUGAUUGUAUAUGACGUCACAGCCGAAGACUCGUUCACGACGCUCACUGAUUGGCUGGGUGACGUCAGUAUGUAUGCUCCCGAGGGUGUAAAGAUGGUUUUGAUCGGGAACAAGAGUGAUGCUGAUGAAGAUGAACGAGUCAUCAGCCAACAGGCAGGAGAAGAGUUUGCCAAAGAACAUGGAUUGAAGUACUUUGAAACGAGUGCCGUGACGAACCAGAACGUAGCAGAAGCAUUCGAACAUUUGGCAAAGUUACUCCUUGAAAAAGAGAAUAAACAGCAGACAUCAAAUGGCAUUGGGGAGCAAAAAUCAACGGACGCACCACUCACAAAAGGACUUACGCCUAAGAUAAAAGCGAAAUCUUCCUGUCCAUGCUGACGUCUUAGACCACAUGAUCAAACGUCACAGUGGAAACUAUUUAAAUGCAACAUUAUCAGCAUUUGCAUUACAGUCAUGAUGAGAAUGUACAUAGGCCACGUGAUCAAACGUCAAACUGGAAACACUUUGACUUUACCGAUGCCAGCAUUAUUGUCAUUAUGACAAAUUAUUCAUGUAUUAUGCAUGGCUUGUACCGAAUAUUGAGUUAUUCAAGUUCAACUUCGACAUUUAGUACGAGAGUGGACAAGCUGCAGAAUAUUAUCUUAUUCGAAAGAAUAGAUAGUAAGUAGAACUUGCAUAGAAUGCCAUGACGUUGGACCUUCGACAUCGGGACGAAACAUCAUGAAGCUUGCCCGAGUGUCGCCGAUUAUUUCCAAACUAUAUGAAUCGUCGAGUGGGAUAAUUAUUAUUGUCACAGGAGAUCAUGGUGCGCAUGCGUCAAUUUUUGACAACUGAAGAAAGAGAGGAGAAGAGAGAGAACCAAAAAACACAAAAUAAUGUACUGUGAAGAAAGCGCCUAGAGAAUAAAAACAAUUGGAAUAAAGAGAUAAACAACUUUGAUUAAAGACGAAAUGGUAUCCCCGUUGUUACAGUUUUGUAUAAAAAAGUCACGUUGCAGUAAAUUCUACAUCUCUUUUGGGAGUCGAGUCGAAUUGUUCAAUGAAGUAUAGACAUGUAUGUAGUGACAUAUUUUUCACUGGCUCUUUCUUCUUUUUGGUUUCUUCCAUUUCUUCAUGUUUCAUCGUUGCAAUAAUGCGGAGGAAUAGUUUUGUUUUUAACAUCAACUAUUAUAUGGAUAUACAAUAUCUUUAGUCUCUCAUAUUUUAUGGGAUGUAUAUGCGUGCAUUCAGACCGAGUUCAUCACGAAUGUUAAGACUUUCGAAAAUAUAAACUCAUGCGAGCUUGUACUCGUGAAAUGCUUGGAUUAUGUAAUGUCAUGGUAAUGUCAUGGUAAUGUCAUGGUAAUAUCAUGGUAAUGUCAUGGUAAUGUCAUGGUAAUGUUAUGGUAAUGUUCACACAUUCCACAAGGUGAUGGACAAGGCCAUUGAAAUUGUCUUUUCCAUUGCCUGAUUUUUUUAAAAGUCUUUGUGAAAGUUUUUUCUCAUUCUUAUGAAACGACAGCAGAUUGUAUUCACCUUAAAAAUCAGUAAUAAUCUUUAAAAGUAAACAUCUAGAUGCAAGUUUCCGUUAACAUGACACUAUCAUUAAAUAUAGACAUACCCAUCCUAAUUAAUUUUGAUGUUAGAUAAAUGUGCAAUACGCAAAGUAUAGAAUUAAAGUGUGUUGCACUGUGUAGAUAGUACUUCUAUCUUCAGUGAAAGUGCGUUGCACUGUGUAGAUAGUACUACUAUCUACACAGUGCAACAAACUUUUCUUCUCCCAUCAAUGAUGGGCGAACUAUCUUUCAUCACGUGAUUUACUUUUGACCAAUCGUAUAGCAAGAUUCUUAGUAUGUGGAAUAUAAUCAUUGAUAUAUUUAUGAAUCAGACUCUACAGUUUCUUUCACUUUGUAUGCAUUAUUUCUAGAUUGUUAUCUAUCUGUUUGUAUUUGUAUUUGAAAUCCAACCUCAAAUUCUGGUUGUAAGAAAGAAAUACAAAUAGAGUUAAAAUAGGGGUGAACGGCAUUUUCUUUGCAGCCGAUAUCAGUGGCGGCCCCAUGACUAUUUGACUGAGCUGGGGGAUGGGGGGGGGGGGGGGGGGGGGGGUGGCAGGUCACUAACAUUUCUUAUAGUCACGGAUUUUGGUUGGACGGAGGAGGGGGAUGUCCCCUGUGCCUCUUGGCUCAGUCAUGAAGUACUAGUAUAGUAAGAAGUGGAUUGUAUAUUUUAAAAAAAAGAAUAUGCAAGCCAAAUGAAAUAUAUAUGUAUAUGCAAGUUGGAUAACUCGAAACUUGUUAGAUUGUUCAAUCUAUAUUCAUAAAUGUAAUUAGUGGUGGACUUAAAACAGUAUUUACGGUUAACAUACUAUGAUAUAUUUCUGACUGACUGCUCUAAUAUUUUUUGGGGGGACUGAACUUCAUUCGCUAAUAGAUAUCUUAACUCACUUGCUUGGCUUGCUAUGCAUGGUAUAAUAUAUAAGUCUUUUUAUAAGUCAUUUAAUAUGACAUACAACGAAUUUAUGUUCAUAAUUUUACAAUGAUGAACUCUAGACCUUUUCCAUCAUGCAAUCAGUUAUCAAUUAAUAUUCUGUAUCGUGAUUAAUAAUUAUUUGAAACGAACGGGAAAAUCCCCGCCCAUGGAAGCGGUACAAUAUUAAUCUUCAUAUGAUACACAUAAUGGUGGUUGGAACACUUCCUGUUAAUUAAUUUACUCUCACGCAAAAAUUGGUUUCACAAUGCUUUACAUAGUUUUGCAUUGAUCGCCUUUGGUUUAUGUUGUACGUGUAAUUAAGAUAUCGCUAUGAACCUACUUCCAUUCGAAGUCCAGGUUGGAUAAUUCAACUUUGCAAGACAAUGAACAAACACUUCACUAAUAGUUAUACGUCUACAAGUGCUUCUUAAAUGGGUCUAGUGUGGAUGUUGUCCCGUCCGGAUCUUCCGGGCGUGUGAAGAAGAGAGCUGUCUAUUGUUGAGCGAAGACCGGGUCGUAUUGAGUGGGAGUUCUUUGAAAAUAUAACAAAUUUGAUUUAGACAAUUGCCGGCAUGUAAUGAGUUUCCAAUGGAAGCGGUUUAAUGAAAUGAUGUCUCAUGACUGGGUUGUUGUAAUACAGUUUUGAAAUUGAAAGUAAAAAUCACCUUUUUAUGACAAAAAUGACAAAAACGAUACAAUGUAUUUGUCAAUAUCAAUUUAUACGUUUAAUAAAUAUUCUAAAGAACGAGGCGAAUGUAUUGUGCGAAAAUAUGGACUUCUGUAAGUGUUGAUAAUUCGGUUAAGGAUCUCAUUUUUUCACGUUUAUGCAAUAUUGAUAUUUUUAUAUUUCAUAGUAUCGGCAUUAUAUGCACCACAAUGGAAUUUUCAUGCUGCAAAACUACUAUUUGAAUUAAAUUAUGUUGUUUUGUUUCAGAUCUCACCUCAUUAAAGGUAUAGUUGAGUAUUGGUAAUUUCCAAAGUGCCCCUCCAAAACAAAUUUGGUUUAUUUCAGUACCAUAUGAAAGAUCAUCGAAAAAAACAUGGGAGAUGAUAAUAAUUCCAAAUCAAAUGCUCUAAUUGUUGUGCAAUUUGCUUUCAAAACAUUAUAUAAAAGUGUUUGACGUCCGGACAUCA